AUGGAAAUUAAUGAUAACGAGGUUGAGGGUGCUAUGCAAACUAUUCCAACUAUGGGAAGUCAAGUUCUUGCAUCGACAGCAUCGCAUUCACAAAAUGAGAGUGUUCCAAUUGAGGCAAACGAAGCAACUCUAAAUAACACUUUAGAUGCUGAAAUUUCGGGUACAGAUGUUGGAACAAAAAGAAAAUGUAGAUCUAUUGCAUGGGAUCAUUUCGAGAAAAAACUAAUUGGAGGAAAAUGGAAAGCGAUCUGCAAUGAUUGUAAGAAAACCUUAGGUGGUGAUACUAAGAAUGGUACCAAGCAUUUACUUGACCACAUGAAAAUAUGCUUGCACAAGAAACAGAAGACCAUACAACAAUCUCUAUUGCAGCCAGCAAAAUCCAAUGAUGGGAUAAUGCAACUUGGGACAUAUCAUUUCAACCAAGAUCAAGCGAGGACAGAGCUUGCAAAUAUGAUUAUAUUGCAUGAGUACCCGUUAUCUAUGGUUGAUCAUGUUGGCUUUAGAAGGUACUCUCAUGCAUUGCAACCAAUAUUUAAAGUUGUUUCCCGAAACACAAUCAAGACUGACAUCAUGAAGAUAUUCGAGUAUGAAAGAAAUAAAACAAUGAAAUUAUUAGACUCAAAUGUUAGUCGAAUUGCGUUGACAACUGAAAUGUGGACGGCAAGUAAUCAACAAAGAGGAUUCAUGGCCAUCGCUUCACACUUCAUUGAUGUUUCAUGGAAAUUACAAAGUCGGCUUGUCAGGUUUAUAUAUGUGCCGUGUCCACAUACUGCUGAGGUUCUCGCAAAUGCACUUGUUGAUUGCCUCUUGGAUUGGAACUUGGAUCGUAAGUUAUCUACUUUAACCGUUGAUAAUUGCACAACUAAUGAUGCUAUGAUUGAGCUUAUUCUGGACAAGCUUCCUCCGAGUUCACUUAUCUUAGAAGGAAAAUUAUUUCACAUGCGGUGUUGUGCCCAUAUUUUGAAUUUGGUUGUGAGGGAUGGACUAGAAUUAAUUAGUGAUAGCAUUGAAACAAUUCGUUAUAGUGUCGCAUUUUGGACAGCAACACCAAAAAGAGAUGAAAAAUUUAUUGAAACAGCUCGACAAUUGAAGGUUCCAAGCACAAAGAAACUAGAACUUGAUUGCAAAACACGAUGGAACUCUACAUAUUUAAUGCUUAACACUGCAUUAGAAUAUGAAGCUGUGUUUGCUCGUUUGAAACAACGUGAAACUUUAUAUAAAAGAGUUCCCACACAAGAAGAUUGGUCAAAAGUGAGAGAGAUUUCUUCUAAAUUGGAGAUGUUUUUUGAUGCCACAGAGUUAUUUUCGGGGACCAAGUAUCCCACUAUAAAUCUUUUCUUCUCUACUAUUUGUGAUAUUAAGUUGGCAAUUGGUGAUUGGCUUCUCUCGGAUGAUAAUGUGGUGAAAACAAUGGCAACAAAUAUGAAAGUAAAGUUUGAAAAAUAUUGGGAUGUAAUGAAUUGUUUAUUGGCAAUUGGGAGUAUUUUAGAUCUAAGGUACAAGAUGAAGACAGUUCAAUUCUAUUAUCCUCUUGUUUAUGGUGAUAUGUCUUCUUAUGAGAUUGAAAAACUAAAGAAAAAGUUGUGUGACAUGGUUGAAGAGUAUGAGAAGAAAUCCAAACAAUCACAGAAAGUGAAAAAUUCACAAUCGUCUUCUUCUUUAAGGCCUCCACUUCCUAAGCGUGGUACUUAUGCUGAUAAAUUUGAGAUGUUCAUGGAUUCUAAUAAUAGUACUGAACAUGAGAAGUCGGACUUGGAUUAUUAUUUAGAAGAGUCUCUUUUGCCAAGAACAAGUGAGUUUGAUAUCUUAUGUUGGUGGAAGACAAAUGGGAUCAAAUAUCCCAUUUUGCAUGAUAUUGCUAAGGAUGUGUUGGCCAUUCCCGUGACGACCGUUGCUUCCGAAUCAACAUUCAGUACUAGUGGGAGAAUUUUAAAUGCUCAUCGUAGUAGACUUCAUUCUAAAACUAUUGAAGCUUUGAUGUGUGCUCGAGAUUGGUUAUGGAGUGAAAUUCAAGAUUCUACAAUUUCAAUUGAUCAAAAGUUUGAUAAUGAUGCUGAUAUAGAGGAGCCAGAGUCGUCACGCACAAUCACAGAUAGUAACUCCAUAGAAUGUUAG